AUGGUUUUUAAGCCAUUCACUCACCUCGCGCGCCAGACCUUCUCCAAGACUUUUGUCCACGGCUACGCCCAGUCUGUCGUUGCCGCCUCUCAAUCUUCAUAUGCUCCCUCCGCAUCCUCCCUAAACCAGAUCACUUCGAUCCCACAGACUGUAAAGUACACUCGAACUGCACAACUCCAGAGUGCUUUCCAACAUGCCUCUGGUUCUUCAAGCGCCAGCGGUGCAAAGGCAGGCCACUCUGCUACUAGCGGUAGCACCGGUGAUUCCGGUCUAGCCGCUUACUAUGCUGCCUGGCAGCAUGCUCAGCAGACUGGUGAUGAUAGUGACUGGAAGCAAUUCCAGUUCACCAAACGUAUUGGCUGGAAGCCGGCCAAGGAAGAGAAAGACUCCCUAGAGGAGUCUGACGUGGACCAGCUUGCCGCCUCUGUUUCAAGGGUACGAAGCCGCAGUGAAGUGCGAGCUUCAAGAAAUGUUGAGAGUGCUCCUGUGGAUAAGGAUGUGAGCGCAAGAGUCGAUGAGGCCGUUGCCAGAGAGAUCCAAGAGAUUCAGGAGGCACAUGCUCUUGCUGAGUCUGAGUACGGUACUUCGGCUGCUGAGUCUGGAAGUGAAGUUUUCGACGCCCAGAGCGGUGAACAAUCACACCAGACCCCAGCUUCCUCCAUCCAAGAAUCUAUCGUCUCUCCAAGAACCCCUGUCAACGAUACCACCCCCUACGAGAAGAAACAGGCUGAGUCUCGAUCCAACGCCAUUGUCGAGUUGGCCAAGGAUGGGGCUCACGCGCAGGUUCCAGCUGCUUUCGAGAGUCUCUUAAGGGACGGGAUCAAGCCCACUGCCUCUGCUUACAAUGCUCUUCUCGAAGCUGCAAUCCGCCUUCACCCUGAGGCGCAUAAUGCUGUCCCCAAGGCUCUUGAUGUCUACUCCGAUAUGCUCCGCCGGAGCGUCAUGCCCAAUGAAGACACCUACAAAAUCAUCGUUCAGCUCUUGUCCACCCGCUCUUUGGAUUGCCUUCGCAUGGCUAAGGAUUUGGAGCAAUCUCGAGUACGGUUCGGUGGCAUGGAAGAGCCUGGCAAAUUCAUUUUUCAAUCCAGCGAAGUCGAGCAUGAGCUCUUGACCGAGGACCAUUCUCUCCCAAUUGCCCUUAAACUGUUCAACAUUGCUACUACUCGACAUCCGGAAAUUGCCUUCCCACUUACCGUCUAUCGCUCCCUCCUGACUGCUUGUGCGAUGCAGGGGAAUGUUGACCAGAUGAUUGAGAUCUUUGCUCACAUGGAGGCCAACAAGGUCGCCCCUCAUGCUGCCAUGUUCCCACCAAUGGUUGACACCUUUUCAAUGAAGGGCGACUUCAAGAGCGCGGUUGAAUGUUACAAUGAAUACAAGACCCUCGCCAUUGCUGACAACAACGGAGUUUUUGGAAUUGUCGAACGUCAAGAUGCUGAAGUCUACGCUUCCGUCAUCAAGGCUUACCUCUCCUGCGGAAACACUGAGGGAGCCCAUCGCUUCUUUAACAAGAUCCGUGCCUCCUUUGACGGCGUUGAAAAUCAGGCAGAGCGCCUCCGUGUCGUUGAGCAGGUAAUCAUUAAGGAUGGGUUUGUCCAACAUUCCCUUGACACCCGCAACUUCGCUUCGGCCUUGCACAUUGCCCAGACCCAACUGCAUGGCCAGCCCUUGACAGAUGCAGCUUUGAACAUCUGCGUUGCCGCAGCCGAUGCCAAUGAUAUUCCCACCGCUACAGGUGCCUACCGUCUCCUGACCACGGAUGCUGCCACCUCCGUUGAGCCUGCUAUCGCCAUGCUUGCUCUCCACAUCCGCCAAGGUAGCCUUGAAAUGGCCAAGCCAUUCUGGGAUGUCCUGUCUUCUUCGUCCCGUGUCAAUGCAAGCUUUAUUCAGCCUGUAGCUAUGUACACUAUCGCCUUGCUGAAGAGCGGUCAAAUUGAGGAAGGUCUCAUGGAAGCCCGAAGCAUGUUUGCCCGUAUUCGAAGUGCGAGCUCAAGCGCCACUGCAAAUGAGCAAAAGCAGCGUGUGAGGGAGGAGAUUGACGAGGCCAUUGAUUUGCUUGGCCGUAUUCUCAUUCAGGCUGCAGCACCACUCUCACCUCAUUCGGCUAUGACCCUGAUGUGGUGUAUGGUCGAGAACGGUGGUCUUGUUUCCCCUGUUGCCGAGUAUGUUGUAGCUAGCCUUGGCCCCAUGGGAAUUUCUCACUUGACGGCUAGGGACCUUACCCUUGCAAUGCAGGCGCAGGCUGGUAUGUUGGUCAAUGGCUCCACCUUGUUCGAUGCAGCACACCCUCUCCGCUUUGCUCACAUGCUGGAUGUUGCAAUGAACGCUGGUAUCCGCCUCGACGACUACACCAAGCAACUUCUUGAACGGGGAAUCGCAAAGCUGGGAGAUGUCCGUCCCGACCUUGCACAGAAAUGGCACCACUAUAUCCAUGGAAGUACCCCUGUUUUCACCACGCCCUCUUACAAUACUCCAUCGCCAGCUGCUCCACAGCCGCAGCCAUCACCAGGACUUAAGCCUGCUCGCCCUGACGAUUCGUUUGAUCCCUAUGCGCACUCCACAGACUUCCGAGGGUCGUCAAUAAUUGCCGAGAUGCUCGAGAGCUCGCGCGGCCGUAUCGAGGACCACCUCAACAAUGCCAUGACCAAGUUCAAGAACAUGCGCCGAAUUGGCAGACAUCCCCGCUACAUUACCUAUGCUAAACUAAUUACUGCCGCUGCUAAAUGCGGGAAUAUGAAUAUGGUACAUGAGAUCCUGGGUAUGGCCAAACAUGAUGUCCCGCUUCUUCCACAAUACAACGCUGUCAAGUAUGGCUGGACUUCUAUUCUUGAUGCCAUGGUUGCUGCUUGUCUCACCACUGGUGAGCGUAGCCUCGCAGCCAAGUACCACCAGGAACUGUUGAAUAUGGGAUCUGCUCCAUCUGCCAAUACCUUCGGCCUUUACAUCACCACUCUCAAGGAAUCAACCAAGACUUUUGACGAAGCCACUGAAGCUGUCAAGGUGUUCCACCGUGCUACCUCCGAGGGCGUUGAACCGACUUCAUUCCUCUAUAAUGCUCUCAUUGGAAAACUAGGUAAAGCUCGUCGCAUUGACGACUGCCUGCUCUACUUCGCUGAGAUGCGUGCCAAUAAUGUUCGACCUACUAGCGUUACCUAUGGCACCAUUGUCAACGCCCUGUGCCGUGUAAGCGACGAACGCUUUGCCGAAGAAAUGUUUGAUGAAAUGGAGUCGAUGCCGAACUACAAACCUCGUCCUGCACCUUACAACUCCAUUAUCCAGUACUUCCUCAACACCAAGCGUGACCGCUCUAAGGUUCUUGCGUACUAUGAGCGCAUGAAGUCCAAGGACAUUCAGCCCACGAUGCACACUUAUAAACUUCUUAUUGAUGCCUACGCUUCUCUCGAGCCUGUCAAUAUGGCUGCUGCCACCGAGGUUUUAGAUACCAUCCGUGCUUCUGGCCAGCUUCCUGAGGCUGUACACUACGCCUCUCUUAUUCAUGCUCGAGGAUGUGUCCUGCAUGAUAUGGCCGGAGCCCGCGAAACCUUCGACUCUGCUCUUGCUGAACCGCACCUUCGCCCACAAGCAUGUCUUUAUCAAGCUCUGUUUGAAUCCAUGGUGGCCAACCAUCAGGUCUCUGAUACUCCUGCCGUGCUAGCUGAUAUGGCUGCCAAUAAGGUUGCCAUGACUGCUUAUAUCGCAAACACCCUCAUCCACGGUUGGGCUACGACUGGAAAUGUCAGUAACGCCAAGGCAGUGUAUGAUGGAGUGGGGAUCGACAAGCGAGAGCCCAGCACAUAUGAGGCGAUGACUCGAGCUUUCCUGGCUGCUGAAGACCACGCAGGCGCCGACGGCGUUGUGCGUGAGAUGCUUUCUCGCGGCUAUCCUUGUGCUGUCACAGGAAAGGUGCUGGAUUUGGUCAAUGGUGGACAGCCAGCAUAG